AUGUAAUUUCCUAAAACUCAUCUUAAUGAUUUUAUCUCAUCAGAUUAUGACAGAACAAGUGAAAUAGAUGAUUACACGCUCUUUAACAAUGUAUGCUACAAGUCAUCUCAGGCAUAAGUUCCUACUGAGAUAUAAAUUCAAAUAAGAAAUUCAGAUUAAUGUUAAUCCCAAGAAUAAUGCCUUUAAGCUACUAGAGAUAGUAUUAAUACAAAAUCUAUUCUUUAGUACUCGAUUAAUUGAACCACAUCAUCAAGNAUUUAUUUUUUAAAUAUUAGAAUAUUUGA